AUGGGUUAUCCGGUGUACCAACCAGGUACUGAGGCCAGCAGACAUCAGAGGGCCAGGAGACAUCAGAGGCCAGCAGACAUCAGAAUCCAGCAAACAUCAGAAACCAGCAGACAUCAGAAACCAGCAGACAUCAGAGGCCAGCAGACAUCAGAAACCAGCAGACAUCAGAAACCAGCAGACAUCAGAGGCCAGCAGACAUCAGAAACCAGCAGACAUCAGGGGCCAGCAGACAUCAGGGGGCCAGUAGACAUCAGAGGCCAGCAGACAUCAGAAACCAGCAGACAUCAGAGGGCCAGCAGACAUCAGAGGCCAGCAGACAUCAGAAACCAGCAGACAUCAGAAACCAGCAGACAUCAGAGGCCAGCAGACAUCAGAAUCCAGCAGACAUCAGAAACCAGCAGACAUCAGAGGCCAGCAGACAUUAGAGGCCAGCAGACAUCAGAAUCCAGCAGACAUCAGAAUCCAGCAAACAUCAGAAACCAGCAGACAUCAGAAAAAAGCAGACAUCAGAGGCCAGCAGACAUCAGAAACCAGCAGACAUCAGAAACCAGCAGACAUCAGAGGCCAGCAGACAUCAGAAUCCAGCAGACAUCAGAGGCCAGCAGACAUCAGAAUCCAGCAGACAUCAGAAUCCAGCAGACAUCAGAAACCAGCAGACAUCAGAAACCAGCAGACAUCAGAAACCAGCAGACAUCAGAAACCAGCAGACAUCAGAGGCCAGCAGACAUCAGAAACCAGCAGACAUCAGAAACCAGCAGACAUCAGAAACCAGCAGACAUCAGAGGCCAGCAGACAUCAGAAUCCAGCAGACAUCAGAAACCAGCAGACAUCAGAGGCCAGCAGACAUCAGAAACCAGCAGACAUCAGAAACCAGCAGACAUCAGAGGCCAGCAGACAUCAGAGGCCAGCAGACAUCAGAAUCCAGCAGACAUCAGAAACCAGCAGACAUCAGAAGCCAGCAGACAUCAGAAACCAGCAGACAUCAGAAACCAGCAGACAUCAGAGGCCAGCAGACAUCAGAAACCAGCAGACAUCAGAGGCCAGCAGACAUCAGAAACCAGCAGACAUCAGAAACCAGCAGACAUCAGAGGCCAGCAGACAUCAGAAUCCAGCAGACAUCAGAAACCAGCAGACAUCAGAGGCCAGCAGACAUCAGAGGCCAGCAGACAUCAGAAUCCAGCAGACAUCAGAAUCCAGCAGACAUCAGAAACCAGCAGACAUCAGAAUCCAGCAGACAUCAGAAACCAGCAGACAUCAGAAACCAGCAGACAUCAGAAACCAGCAGACAUCAGAAUCCAGCAGACAUCAGAAACCAGCAGACAUCAGAAACCAGCAAACAUCAGAGGCCAGCAGACAUCAGAGGCCAGCAGACAUCAGAAUCCAGCAGACAUCAGAAUCCAGCAGACAUCAGAAACCAGCAGACAUCAGAAUCCAGCAGACAUCAGAAACCAGCAGACAUCAGAAACCAGCAGACAUCAGAAACCAGCAGACAUCAGAGGCCAGCAGACAUCAGAAACCAGCAGACAUCAGAAACCAGCAGACAUCAGAAACCAGCAGACAUCAGAGGCCAGCAGACAUCAGAAUCCAGCAGACAUCAGAAACCAGCAGACAUCAGAAACCAGCAGACAUCAGAAACCAGCAGACAUCAGAGGCCAGCAGACAUCAGAGGCCAGCAGACAUCAGAAACCAGCAGACAUCAGAAACCAGCAGACAUCAGAAACCAGCAGACAUCACAGGCCAGCAGACAUCAGAAACCAGCAGACAUUAGAGGCCAGCAGACAUCAGAGGCCAGCAGACAUCAGAAACCAGCAGACAUCAGAAACCAGCAGACAUCAGAAACCAGCAGACAUCACAGGCCAGCAGACAUCAGAAACCAGCAGACAUCAGAGACCAGCAGACAUCAGAGGCCAGCAGACAUCAGAAACCAGCAGACAUCAGAGGCCAGCAGACAUCAGAAACCAGCAGACAUCAGAGGCCAGCAGACAUCAGAAACCAGCAGACAUCAGAGGCCACGACAACCACACAUACAGGAACCUGCACACGACUCCCCCCCCCCCCCCAAAAACAAAAGUUUAA